CUGUGAUCUCUCAAUGCCUGGUUCAGAGGAGGGUGACUCAGAGGAACGUAAACCUGUUGAUCUUCUAUAAGUGAGACCAUCAAGUCCGAUGGACGAUCUAAGGAAGAGGUUGGGGGUCAUGUCGCAGACAAUAUGUCCAAAGUGGUGGGCUUCAUCUGAAAAGACUGUAAAGGCCCCGGUUAAUGAGAAAGAUGAGAAAAUGCAGUUGAAGAGAGAGAUCUCCCUGGGGAAUGGGAUCUGCCUCAUCGUUGGGAACAUGAUCGGCUCCGGGAUCUUCAUCUCGCCCAAAGGUGUCCUGAUGCACAGCUGCUCCUACGGGCUGUCGCUGGUGAUCUGGGCCGUUGGAGGCCUCUUCUCCGUGUUCGGGGCUUUGUGCUACGCAGAGCUCGGCACCACCAUCACCAAGUCUGGAGCCAGCUACGCCUACAUCCUGGAGUCCUUCGGAGGCUUCCUCGCCUUCAUCCGUCUGUGGACCUCCAUCCUGCUGGUGGAGCCGGCCAGCCAGGCCAUCAUCUCACUGACCUUUGCAAACUACCUGGUGGAGGCGUUCUACCCCACAUGCAGCCAUCCGUACGAUGCUGUCCGGCUCAUCGCUGCAGCCUGCCUCUGUAUGCUGAUCUUCAUUAACUGUGCCUGUGUGAAGUGGGGGACUCUGGUCCAGGACAUUUUCACUUACGCCAAGCUCAUGUCGCUCUGCCUCAUCAUCGUUAUAGGAAUAAUAAAGAUAUCUGCUGGAGAAACUAAGACCUUGGAGAGUCCAUUUGAGGGCUCCUCCACAGAUCCUGGAGCCAUAGCUUUGGCCCUCUACUCAGCUCUGUUCUCCUACUCCGGCUGGGAUACACUCAACUUUGUCACUGAGGAGAUAAAGAAUCCGGAGAGGAAUCUACCCCUGGCCAUCGCCAUCUCCAUGCCCAUAGUGACCAUCAUCUACCUGCUGACCAACGUGGCGUACUACGUGGUUCUGGACAUGCCGUCUCUGCUGGCCAGUGAUGCUGUCGCUGUGACGUUUGGGAAUGCAGUCCUGGGGCCGUUCAGGUGGAUCAUCCCUGUUUCGGUGGCCAUGUCCUGCUACGGAGGACUCAACGCUUCUAUCAUCGCUGCCUCCAGGUUGUUUUUCGUCGGGGCCAGAGAGGGCCACCUCCCCAACAGUCUGAGUCUGAUCCACCUGGAACGCUAUACCCCCAUACCUGCACUGCUCUUCAAUGGGCUGAUGGGGCUGAUCUUCCUGUGUGUGGAGGACGUGUUCCAGCUCAUCAACUACUUCAGCUUCAGUUACUGGCUCUAUGUGGGUCUGUCUGUGGCCGGCCUCAUCUACCUGCGCAUCACUCAGCCAGACAGACACAGGCCCGUGAAGUUGUCUUUAUUCUUCCCCUUCGUCUACUGUCUGUGUAGCGUGUUCUUAGUCGUCGUCCCUCUGUACGGAGACACCAUCAAUUCUCUAAUAGGAAUAGGCAUUGCUCUAACUGGGGUUCCUGUCUACUAUCUGGCUAUUUACCUGCCUGAAGAUAGGAAGCCCAAAUUCAUACGCACGUUGAAUGAAUUUGCCACCAUAAACACCCAGAAGCUGUUCCACUGCUGCUUGACUGAAUUUGACCCUGAGACAGAAGUAACAGCAGACAGUAAAGCGCAGUGAGCUGCAGACACAUACCGCUCAGCAGCCGGCUCUCUGCAGAAGGCCUCAUCCUGUCCAUGUGUCAACGUUCACUGCUCCCAGAACGCAGAACAGCAAGGCCUGGAAUGGGCUGAGGGGUGAGGCGCAGGACCGCUACAUUUGAGAGGACUACUUCUCCCAGGUCCGGUUAAAGAAAUGCCUGACAUCUCAAAUGACUCACCAUGAAGGAGCAGGAACUGCAAACUGUUGUUUUCUUCUGAAAUAAUGCUGUAUAUUUUUGUACAGACAUCAAGGAGCAUCUGCUUGAGAAGAUGAUACAAUAUGGAACAAAUAUGGAGCUCAUAUUUUUUAUUUUUUAGAGGACUUGCUGUGUUAUUAUUAUGAUUUUGUCCUUAAAUGGCAUUGCAAUAUAAUAUCUACAACACUUAAUGACCCUGACUUUAUUUCUGUUAAGAAUUCAUUUUAAUAAAUCUUUUCCUCAAAUGACACAACACAUAACAAACAGACAUUACACUUGAUUAAAUGACUGUCAUUUGGUACACAUUUUAGAGCAGUUUUUUGUAAAAGCAGAACACUUCCUGUCACAAACUCUCAUUAGCAGGCAGAGUGUCUCCAUGAGGGGGAGCUGCUUCAUCAUGGUCAGACUGUAACUGCAGGGCCAGGUGUCCAAUGAUAAUGGACCAAUACUUAUGGUACCAUUUAUAAGAUGGACAUGAGUUUGUGUUCAUAUGCAUUACAAAAUGAUAUUUAAGUAAAAGGUCAAACUUUUCCAAAAUGAAAUAAUUUGUCAUGUUUAAUAAGAUGAAUGUUUACAUAAUAAGUGCAGAGUUGAACAGAUUCAGUCAUAUUUACACCUUACCAGAAGCUCUUAUUAUCUGUAUCUGCUCAACAAGGCAUUACAUUGCAAUAAUCAUGCAUGAUUUAUACUUAACAGUGUGUAUGAGGAGCCUACUGCGCUGCAGGUUUUUUUUGUUCUAACCGUAACGCAUGUAGGUUUAAAGUGUUUUUCUUAUACAUAAGAAAAACACUUUAAACCUACAUGCGUUACGGUUAGAACAAAAAAUCUGUCUAAAAUGCACUCCGUUUUUUUGUGACUUUGGUUGUACUGUUUUUUAAAGUAGACAUUAUGCUGUUUUUCAGCCUCAUACUUGCAUUUUUGACUUAAACAGGUUUGCAUGCUUUAAUGUUUGAAAAACACAUUAUUCUUCUCAUUAUAGCCAUCUGAAUAUCCGUCAGUAUUCACGCUCGGUCUGUAACGCUCCGUUUUAGCACCUGUCUCUUUAAGGCCUUCUUAGAAUGCCCAGUCUGCUCUGAUUGGUUUGUGCUUCUGGGGCUUGUGUGUCUGUCCUGUCUGCGUUUGGGGGCACCAUCACUGCCAUAUGAUAUGUGUAUAUUUGUGAAUUUGCUAACUUAACAGAGUCCUGGCGGCUCAUUUAAAGAAACAGUUACUGAUUAAGAGCAUUUUGAUACUUUGACAAUGUUUAUAUAUCAUCUAGACCUGCUUGAAAAUCUCACCUUAAAUGUUUUCAGAAUCCAUUUUGGUGUUCUGUUUGACUGAGCACUCACAGUAAUUGGUAGUGUCUUGAAAGCUUUGCAAUAAAUACAUUCUCGUUCUGUCAACCAGA